AUGGACGCCGUCCUUUACCUAAAGUUGCUCUUCGUUGUAGCACUCGCGCCCGGCGUCGUCACAGGCCUAGAGCUGUCCAUCAACGCCAACACUGGGGACUACGAGCUGCCGACCGAGGUGGGCCGGAGCCAGUCGCUCUGGUGCGCCCUUCAGCAUCACAGCCAGGAAGAGGAGCUGCUGUGGCUGCGAGGAGACGGGGAGGUGGACCUGCAGGAGGGGAACAAAGUGAACGCCAGCAGCGUCUGCAUCUCCCCCGUCACCGAGGAGGACAACGGCGUUUCCUUCACCUGCCAGUUGGCCCGGAACAAAUCCGUGCAGAUCUCUGUGCUGCUGAACGUCACCUACCCCCCCAUCCUGAGCGGAGAAGACCCUCCCGUCACCCCUGCGGAGCGGGACGCGACCCUCGAUUGCCGGGUGAAAGCCAACCCGCCUGCUCGGCUGAGCUGGCUGAAGGACGACAAAGCCCUGAGCCUGGAGGACUCCCGCUACUGGAUUCUCCAAACCAACGAGCUCUCCCAGCUGACCAUUAAGCAGCUCCAGCUGUCGGAUGGAGGAAGGUACACCUGCGAGGCUCGCUCUCCGCGCGGACGGAGCCGCAAAGAUUUCCACCUGGUCGUCACAGAGAGUCAACUGCCUUUCCCCACCGAAGCGGUCAUCGCUGCAGGGGUGGUCCUGGUGCUCAUCGCGCUCUUCGCUCUUGUGGUUCGAUGGGAGAAGAUCGUACAGUGUUUCAAGAAAAAGGAUUCUCCAAGCCACACCGCCCUGUAA